UUUUAUUUAUUCAUUGUAAGUUACAAAUUUCUAUAUAUUCAUUUUCUAAUUUUUUUAUGUCUGACAUUUAUACCUGAUAUUUCUUCCAUUGCGUGCAAUGCCUAAAAUAUAACUUGUCGCAGUAUUUUAUUAAUAUUUACAAAAUUAUUAAUUUUUGUCCGACACACGAUAAGCAAGGUAUCAGAGAAAUUUGCAAUCAUCGAAUAAAAGUUGAAUUAACCACUGAUUAAGUUAAAUCGGAGUUUGGUUGCAAUCUAUAAACACUCCAAAUUUAUUUAACCCUCAAUAAAAUCGUGCCAAAGGAAUUGUUAAUUCAAAUUUACUCUACGAAACGGGAAUCAAAGUAGCCUCUGAAUUUAAUAAAACAGAACGUUGCACUCGUCUCCAGUGCACAGUCAACGGCUGCAAAUAUAUACGGGCUUUCCGUGAAUACGUAGCGUGUUUUCGAGGCUUACGACAUCUAGAGUACGCGAACAGUCGAUGAUCUGCGCGACGACGUGACGUUCAUUCGAAGAAAAGCCUGACGGCGACAAUAAGAUGGCGGCGUCGCGCACGUCAGAUCGCGGCUGAGCGGUCGGUGCAGCGGGGUUCGAGGAGGAAGGGGUGUGGGCAGGAAGAGGAGGUAGACGACAGGCGGGCGCAAGCAGGCAGGCAGGCAGGCACGGAUGAGAGCUGUGUCGUCGUAUAUGUGCCUGCGUAUAGAACGUGCAGACGGAGAGACGGCCUGUGUCAUGUCCUGGCGUAGCCGCGUAGUCGCCGUAAUAUCCAGGCAGCCUAACUACGAGACGGCGCAGGUCGAUUCUCGUUUCGCGUGAUCCGUCUAUCUCUCUCUCUUUUUCUCUCUCUCGUCUCGUCCGCCAGCCAGACUACGGCCAGUUUCGUCGAUGCCUUUGUUCGCGACCGGGAGGAGGAGGACGGGCGCGGAUUGCCGUCGCGACGAGGCGAAGACGAGGACGAGGGCUAAGAGGAACCUCGUGCCCAUAGCCUAGCUGAUAGCCAGUGGAAGUGAAGUGUAUAUACUCGUGAGAGAAGGUGCGACAAUCUUGCUCCGUCUAUCUGUCUCUCUCGCGCUCUCUCUCUCCUUCUCUCUUGUUCUCUCUCUCUCUCUCUUUUUUUCUCUCUCUCUCUCUCUCCUCGAGUGAAACGGCUCUCCACACCCCGGCGCGGUCCUGGACACGUCUAGGAGGUGGUGGUGGCGACGUCGCGGAAGGAGGCGCGGAGGAGCCGACGGCGACGACGACGACGGCGAGAUGCGCGAGUUCAAGGUGGUGGUCCUCGGCUCGGGCGGGGUGGGCAAGAGCGCACUCACCGUCCAAUUCGUAUCCGGUUGCUUUAUGGAGAAGUACGAUCCAACGAUCGAGGAUUUCUACCGUAAAGAAAUCGAGGUGGACAACUCGCCAUGUGUCCUCGAGAUCCUUGACACCGCCGGCACCGAGCAGUUCGCGUCGAUGCGCGACUUGUACAUCAAGAACGGUCAAGGUUUCGUCGUAGUAUAUAGCUUGACGAAUCAUCAAACCUUUCAGGAUAUCAAGGCGAUGAAGGAGCUCAUCACGCGUGUCAAGGGUACGGAACGCGUGCCGGUGCUACUUGUGGCGAACAAGCUCGACCUGGAACACCAACGGGAGGUCGGCACCGAGGAAGGCCAUCAGCUCGCGCAACUCUGGGGCUGUCCGUUUGUCGAGGCAAGCGCCAAGAACCGUACCAACGUUAACGAGAUGUUUGCUGAGAUUGUGCGCGAGAUGAACUUCAGUCCUGAGAAGGAGAAGAAGACCUAUUGCUGUUGCAGCGUCCUCUAAUACUUAAUCAAAAUCGACGUUCGCCCGGAUUAUUUACCCGCGGACCGAACUAAGGUGAUGGAGGUAUACAGUGUGUACAGUGCUUCGGGGAAAGAGCUCGUCGGCGUUAACUCGACGACGUGGUUUUUCACCGUUCUGCUAAGGGGAUUCUUUUUGCAUCUCUUACUUGGUCUGCUGAGGAACAUGCUAAGGAAAGAUGAUACAGUGUACAGUGGCUUAUGGGCAGAGCUCUCGUCAACGUGUUACGUCGUCCUGGAGGAUCACCUUUUGAAGAACCAUCUUUUGGAUGUCCUAUCAACCUUGAGAUGUGCUGUGCAUCUGUCAAGGCUAACUUAUAUCGGACGCUGUAUGAAUUUUCCAAAAUGGAAACUAUGGUUCUCUUCUUUUCUAACUUUCGGAAGACCGUCCGGCGAGAGACGGCCGUUAAACACAGAUAUUUUAUUAUACGCGAAUAAUAUUAUAUAUGUAAUAUUAUUGUAAUAUAUAUACAUAUAUAUAUAUAUAUAUAUAUAAAUAAUAUAGAUAAGAUUUAAGAGAGAAGGAGCGAGCAAAAGGUAGCUUUUCCUCGGCAAAAGGACCAAUACUCCGCUCGCGAGAAAGGAGAAGGUGUCGAAAACCGUAAAACCAAACUCGAUAUCGGCUUUCUGCUCAAUUUCAGACAGAAUCGUCGCACGUAGGUUCGCGUUCUCGUCCACAAAUGGAGAUUUAGGUGCUGCGCAGAAAAAAAAAGAAAGAUUAUUCGCACUUUGAAGGAAUCACUGUGAUGAUUGUUCUAGCAUGGUGAUAGUUUCAGCGAGCCAAACUAAAUGUUUGAGCGAGGUUUAAUCCUGUACGUAUAAUUUGUAUGCAGUCGUGCGAAGGCUAUGCAAUCAAAUCCAUCUGAUUUGAUGAAAGUGGUUCGGUUUUGAGAGUACUCUUCUCUGUGCAAUUGUUCUGUGUUAAUUUAAGCUAAGGAGGCUGAUUAGCGAGAUACCUAUUGUCUAAACAUUUUUGUACGAGACGUUGUUAGUGACAUUUAUACACAGGGUGUUUCACCUUUAAUCAUUUGAAAUGUCUUCAUUAUUAAGGAUAUACACAGAAAAAUGUUUCAGAAAAAAAUUAUUCAAUUUGAGGAUCAUUUUAAUGAUAUUUGUUUCUUUGUAUCAAAUGAUUUGGUUCUGAAAUAUUUAAAAAUGUUUUUUAAGAUAUUUCAAAUGAUCAAAAUCAUCCUGUAUGUCGGUUGUACAGUCCUAACAUUGAACUAUUUUACUGUGCAUAAAGGAAAGGCACUGAGAAUUAAGUUUUGUACGCGACACCUCAGUGGUUAACGGAUAAUCCAGCUGUUGUGAGAUUUCUUGUGAUCCAUUGUGUAGCAAGUACUAAUACUUUACUUUUGUUUUGCUUUUAUGUCUGUUCCAAGAUGUUUGAUACGCAAUACCGUAUUUGCAAACUCAUAUGCGCAGAAGUGAGCAAAUUAAUAUAUCGUGAUGAUUACAAAAUUAAUGACUAAGGGCCAGAGUUAAAGACUUGCCUCUAGUUUGUUGAAAUGUAACAUUGCAGAUUAUAUUAUGUAAAUACGAUAACGGGAAAAUAUUAAGAAAAAACGUUUCGUAAAGAUAUAGUUAACGUAAUAAUGUCAAUCUAAACUCAUAAUUUGUAAGCUUUGUACGGUAAAAAAAAAAUUUGUACUACAUAGGCCGCAAGACUGCACAUUCGAUCACUAUGGGAUUGAUGACGGUUUUUUUUAACGAGUGAUCUUAUACACCAAUGACAGAGCACAAUAGUAGAAUUAGAAAUCUCCGGAAGGUGCGCCGGUUUUUCGCAUUGAUCCCUUCAACUGCAAAAAUCACGUAUGUGCUUUUAUUCAUCGCUCGUUCACGACUACACCAAUAUGAAAAGUAUCGUAAUAGCAAGACUGUGACUUAAUUUCAAAAAUAUUUUUUUUAUCCUUGAGGCCUCGUGAAAAAUCACAGAAUCCGAAUAAAACUUCUCUAAGAAUUCCUCGUAAUGUUCUACAAAAGAUAUUAAAAGAAAAUAAUUGUGAAUAUUCUAAAAUACAAUAAAAUAAUUGUGAAUAUUCUAAAUUACAAUACUUUUCGUUGUUGGCAUUGCUUUCGAAGAGAAGAAAUCCAUAGAAUCGUUCAAAACUGUUGUCGAGUUUCGAAUGUAAAAAAAUAAUCGAUGGAUGUAGGAGAAGUUAGAGAGCAAUGGUACUCCUCAUAAGAUUGAUUAAUUUUAAAAUUUCGAAAACAAUUGCACACUUAUUUUAGAAACGUGCAAUUACUAUUUACUGAAUUUGCAAUGUGAAGAAAUUCUAUAGAUGAAAUUAUAGCAUUUAUUUUUUAAAUUAUUUCACAAUCAUUUCUUGUUGUAUAAUUAGAUAUAAUUAUGCUCUGUAAAUUAUCUCUUUAGAUAUUCAUAUGUUUUAUUUCUAUUCUUUAUGUUGCAAUUUCGAUAGAUGCAUUACUUGCACAUUUUUGAAAACAUAUAGAAUUUCUCUUCCGUUUUGUUCUUAUCAUAGUAAAAGAUUUGACGAAAUUUUUUUAAAACGUUCGAUUAAUUUUAUGAAUAACUGGCAAGUAGUGUGUGUAAUUUUUCUCAUGUAAUCAAAAUUGUAUUAUCAGAUAAACACCGCUUCUCGACGCGCGCAUCGUAACAACAUUCAUAUAUAUUGUUCAAUAUAUUGCCAUUUAACUCUUGGAUGCAUUAUUGGAGCAAUUAUUACUUUUUCAUGAUAUUUUCAAUGAGAUCGAAUCUUUCCUAUCGUCUAGAUUUAAUUUUUAGAAGAAUUCAAAUUAUAUCUUUAUCUAAUUGAACUUUGAAUCUUUUUAAACUUUCGAGAGAAUUAUUUAGAAAGCACAUCCGAGGGUUAAAUGCAAAAAUAAAAAUUGACGAAGAUCGUUUGAUAUUAAUAUCUUUCUACUGAUUUUACCGAAGGAUAUUUCGCUUCUGACAAAAAUGUAUUUGUAAUUUUGUAUAGCCCUCCCAAUUCUAAUUUGUAAAUGCGGCAUUAUAAAUUUUAACGCAAAUUGUAUUGUCUGAAUAGUAUACGCGAUACUAUUUUCCAACUUUCGGAGAAAAUUGCGAGAAUUAAGAGUUAAAGAAAAAAAGAAUAAAAAAAGAUGAGAAUGAACUGAUGUACAGUAUUUCUACGAUUGAUAGUUAGAUCGUUCUUAAGUAUCAGGAAGAAAUAAUUGUUCAUAUACUUCGAACGAGCGUUUAAUGUUGCGUUGAAUAACGCAAAGACCCUUUCGGUAUACUUUUUUCGAAUGGUGCUCUCUGUAGUUUUAUUCCGGGCCUUAAUAUUAGAAAAGAAAAAAAAACAAAGAAAAAAGAAUUUGCUGAGGCGCCGGAAACCGCGGUCGUGAGUUAUCUCGCGGUUCGCGUGUCAAGAAAUGAAGGAUAAGAGCAGGCGCAGUGGUUUCAUGAAGCCGCUAUUUUGUCACAAUAACGUGAAAAAUUCUUAGUCUCGCUGUGAUCCCGUAGUCGUAACAUCGCACCUUUUGUAUAUCGGAUAACAAUAAUCGAAGUCUUCACCCAGCUUCGAUCGGAGGGCCUCUUUAUAAAGCGUUUUGAUCGUC